AUGGGUGACAACUUGUACGGGCUCUCAGCGCAGUCGCGGGCCAUCCUCGACUCUUACCAGCAGUGGGCGCGUCUGGCGUACGACAGCCUGAAGCGCAGCGCCAGUUUCGACGCGUCGAAUCACCAGGUGGGCAACGUGCUGCAGGAGACGUACACACGCGACGAACUUAAAGACAUUCUCAGCGGCCACACAGCAGUAUUGCUGCACUCAUUGGACACACGAAUGGAGCAGUUCACGGCCUCGUCCGCUUCGCUGCUGCUGGCGGUGUUGCGUGACGCCGACCGCCAGCGCACGACGAUAGAAAUCGACGCCAACGACGUGCUGAGCAGUUCUCCUGCUGCUGCUGCUGCUGUUGCUUCAGCCGGCACUAGUGGCGCUGCUGCUGCUGCCGCCAUGGGCCAGAGCGGCGGGGGGCUGCUGCUGGAGGAGCACGGGCGGCAGCUGCUCAG